UUUGUCCUUUUCCUUUUUACCUUCAACAAAAAUCCUCCCCUUUCUCCUUUCUCUCUGCUCAUACAUCACUCUCUUCUCUUACCUAUAUCUCUCUCUCCUUUUUCCCACUCAUCGGAAACUUUGACCGAUUAAUCGGAGUUUGAUCGACGAUCCAGGGUUUCGAAUUAGCUCUACCGUAAUCGAAAAUACGUCACCGUUUUUGGUUUUCUGCUGUAAAUGUCAUCGGAUGAUCGGAAGAUCUCACGGUGUUAGAUUGAAGAAGAAGUUGUGACCUUCGAUUGAGGCGGUAUUGGAAUCAAAAUGGACGGCAUUAGUCGAUCUCAGGCGUCGGUAAACCCUGCCAUGGAUAUGCCGAUUAUGCACGAUAGUGACCGGUAUGAUUUUGUCCGAGAUAUUGGUUCUGGAAACUUCGGCGUUGCUCGUUUGAUGAGGGAUAAGCAUACUAAAGAGCUUGUUGCUGUCAAGUAUAUCGAACGAGGCGAUAAGAUAGAUGAGAAUGUUCAAAGAGAGAUCAUCAACCACAGGUCACUGAGGCACCCAAAUAUUGUUAGAUUUAAAGAGGUCAUUUUAACACCUACUCAUCUGGCAAUUGUGAUGGAGUAUGCAUCUGGAGGAGAGCUCUUUGAGAGAAUAUGUAAUGCGGGCCGGUUUAGUGAGGACGAGGCUCGCUUCUUUUUCCAACAACUUAUUUCGGGAGUUAGCUAUUGUCAUGCAAUGCAAGUGUGUCAUCGAGACCUAAAGUUGGAGAACACUUUAUUGGAUGGAAGUCCUGCUCCUCGACUGAAGAUAUGCGAUUUCGGAUACUCGAAGUCUUCUGUGUAUCAUUCACAGCCCAAAUCCACGGUGGGGACCCCUGCUUACAUUGCUCCUGAAGUCUUACUGAGGAAAGAAUAUGAUGGAAAGAUAGCAGAUGUGUGGUCAUGUGGGGUGACUUUGUAUGUAAUGUUGGUGGGUAGAUAUCCUUUCGAGGAUCCUGAGGAACCAAAGGACUUCAGGAAGAUGAUUCAAAGAAUAUUGAGUGUUCAGUAUGCAAUUCCUGACGGUAUAUUUAUAUCACCAGAGUGCCGCCACCUUAUCUCCAGGAUCUUUGUUCAAGAACCUGAGUCGAGGAUCACAAUUCCUGAGAUCAAGAGACAUGAUUGGUUUAUCAAAAACUUACCCACUGAUCUUACGGAUGAGAACUCAGUGAGCAACCAAUUUCAAGAACUGGAGCAACCCAUGCAAAGCAUUGAUGCAAUCAUGCAAAUCAUCUCAGAGGCCACUAUCCCUGCUGCUGGAUCAUCAGCGCUCAAUUUUCUCUCAGACACACUCGAUAUGGAUGAAGAUAUUGAUGACUUUUCAGAUUCUGAGAUUGAUAUUGAUAGUAGUGGAGAGAUAGUUUAUGCAAUGUGAUUGUCCAAGUGUUAGGUUCCUGUUUGAUGGAGGUUCUAGCAUUAUUCUCAUUACUACUCUAAAGCUAUUAUUUUGCUUUUCAAUCAUGAUUGAAAUGUUUCAGCUCCUCUCUUCUGUUGUUGUAGUUGAUACAUGUAGCCAUAGAGAGGGUAGUAGAGGGUGAGGUACUGCUGGGGUUAAUAGGCGAUUAUGGCAUUGUGCCCUCCAACUUAGUGUUGAUUUCCUCUGUUCUUUCAGGUUUGUAAUAUAUGUUUUUUAUAUCGAAAUGGUUGAAGCUUCUUGUUC